AUGGGUGACAGACGUUCAGAGCGCGUCUAUCACCAAGACUAUAUCGCGCGCAUCAGAUACUCCAACACAUUACCACCACCUCCGAACCCGCCCAAGCUUUUGGACAUUCCCGGAACUGGCAUCGCCUCGAGCAACUAUACAUCUCCCUCGUACGCUCUCAAGCUUGCACGAGAGCAGCCACUCAACAUCGAGGCCGAUAGCGAGCUCGGGAUGCCCCUUGAGCUGCUUGGACGACCAGAAGUCUUUGAAGAAGACGAGGGCGCGAGCAUGGUCAACGCCCCGUCCACGUCCAUCAUGGCCCAAGAAAACCCGCCGCCGCUCCAUCCCAAGGACCGAGAACUUCUCAAGCCACUAUCCGCCCUCGGCAAGCCAACAGCCAUGAACUCUGGUGUCAGUUUUCUCCGUAGGACUGAGUACAUAUCGUCCAACGCUGGCGCUGUGCAACGUUUUGAAUCAAGCACAUCCAAAGACUUGUUGCGCGUACGAAAAGACCCCAAGCGUCGUAAGACGGUGGAGCCUAACCGCGACGACCCCUUGCACAUCAUCAGACAUUUGGCCAAAGGCUUUGAUCUCGCUUACCCCGAGGACGCCUACCGCGGUGAUGAUUCUAAGACACAAAUCCGUGGAGCUCCCAGCACCCCUGCCGAGAAAGCCGCCUGGGCCACACCUAAACACCCUAAACACCCCGAGCUGACCCUCAUGGACGCUUACCCUCUUCUUCCUGAUAACGACGCCCUUCCCAUGACUGGUGACUACCAGGUCGUUAAAUUCAGCACUAAUCCUGUUGCUUCCUCGUCCAACACGUACGAUACGCGCCUCGACACCGCGCUGCUGCGACCGCUUGGCGCCGAUCUGUCUAUCUACGAAGAACGCAUGGCUGCCCAUCAAGCAGAUCCGACCGUCCCUAAGCCUUUGCCGGAAUGGGACUACGACCUGUUUCUGCCAGGUAAUGAGGGUUCAGUGGGCGCUCUCAAGCGCAAAUUCGAUCCCAAUGAUGCUCAAAAAGACGACCCCUCACUCUACGAUACCGAGGCCGAUGGUGAUGCGUGCUUCCAAUUCGACCGCGUCCGAGAAUACGAGACGUACAAGCAAAAUGGCAAUGCCGACGACCCGUACGGUGUAAAGGUCGCACUCGCCCUAAACGAUGGCGAAGGCCGCUUACCACAGGGCGCUUACUACUAUGCUGUCAAAUCGACAGCAAGUUUAAGACCAAAGAGAAAGACACCAGGCAUUUCUGAGGAGGGUCGUGUUGAGCACGUGGAUGUGCUCCAUGUAACCGUGAGACACCCCAACGCAGACGAGGCAGCAAUGCGCACAUCAGCGCAAGCAGCCCUGGACCGUGAGGAUGAGGAUUAG